AAAUCUCCCUCUUUUCAGCGUUUACGAUGAGAAGCACUCGGGCAAUUGGAUGUCCUGUGAUCGAUGUAGCCUCUUCUCUUAUCGUUAGGACUGCUCUUAACAGAUUAACUGCCCCCCUCCCAAACAUGCAGUCUUUUUCUCCUCCUUUCUCACUGCUCCUCCUUCUGGCUGUCACACACCCACAGUCUUUUUCAGAAGAUACAACAGGAGACUUGUCUCUCUGAUUUUCUUUUUCUUAAAUCUAUUUUUUUAAUGUCCACCUUUUCUGACACUCAUCUUGCGAAUCUAUUUUUUUAAUGUCCACCUUUUCUCACACUCAUCUUGCGGCGUUUAGGUGGAUUUGGUCUGGAUUUGUUUGAACUGAUUUGAUCUCCUGGCAGAUGGACAGAAAUGAAGAAGACUAAACUUAAGUUGAAGUUCUGGUAGUAAGAUAGUAGAUGAAGAUGGAUCUGGUGAUGAUCGCUUUUCUUCUGCUCUUUUGUGUUCAUCCGUCUGCAGCAGCAAGCCUCAUCACAGCAGACAUAUUUGAAGCGAGGGGCCAACGAGUGUGCAAGGCCGGGAGAGGGAGACCGUGUUACAAGCUGGCCUAUUUCACAGAGUUGCGCUGGAAGCUGAACUUUGAGGAGGCGGAGAGCGCUUGCAGGCGAGAUGGAGGCCAGCUGCUGAGCAUCGAGUCUGCGUCUGAGCAGAAGGUCAUAGAGCAGCUCAUCAGAGAUCUCCGUCCCACCGAUGGAGACUUCUGGAUAGGGCUCCGGCGUGGAGCGGGACACGAGGACAGCAGCAUUAACUGCUCGUCUCAGUACUACUGGCUGGACGGGAGCAUAUCCACAUUCAGGAACUGGCACAUUGAUGAGCCGUCGUGCGGCUAUGAGGUGUGUGUGGUGAUGUACCACCAGCCGUCGGCUCCCGCCGGUCACGGCGGCCUCUACAUGUUCCAGUGGAAUGACGACAACUGUGAAACCAAAAACAAUUUCAUCUGCAAGUACACAGCAGAGAAGUCACUGGAACCCACUCUGUCUCCCAACUCCAGUAGGAAAGAUGUCUUCCUUCCAUCCGCACUUCCAUGGGAUCCAAGAGACGGCAACCGGGAAAGAAGAACAGCUGUUAAUUUAGUUUAUGUCAUCAUUCCCACAAUCCCACUCAUCCUGCUGCUGCUGACAGUGAUGGGAGUUUGCUGCUUCAAAGUGCUCCUCAGACGAAGGAGGAACGAGCAGAAAUCGGAAGUAUGCCAAACAGACCCCAGUCCGACUCCCACAGACGUCUACAACGUCAUCCGCUCCCAGAAGGAUGAUGACCUGGUUUCUGCUCGCCCACAGACAAAGAACAAAUCCUUUUUGUGCUCCUCACCGGACACGCCGACAGGCGACUACGACAACCUGGGCGGUCGGGACACAGAGAGCGGCUUUGUGACUCUUGCGAGCACAGAGAGCGACUUGCUGAACUUUGACCUGAACGACCUCAGCCUGGGGCGUCGGGGCGCCCGAGACUUCUACGACAGCAGCUUGGGCCGCUCGGCAAAGAGGGAGCUGAACGACGGCAGUCUGGGUCGCACCAGGAACAGGGAGUUUUACGACAGAAGCUUGGGCCGCCGCACCACUAAGAGCGAGCUUUACAGCGGCUGUGUGUACGGGGACCACGGCCUGUACGACAGCAGCAUCAGGGCCGGCAGUGACCUUUAUGAUGCCAGACUGAAGGCUGGAGGUCAGUCAGGAAAGGUUGAUCUCUACCAGACAUAUGUUACCAGCAGCAGGCACGAGGCGUUCCAAACCAGCCUGGGAGGCUACGCCAACCGAAAGUCCUUCCACACAAACCUGGACAGCUACAGAAACGGCCUGAAUCUCGACAGCGGAGAGAGGUACUUCAAUGAGCAGGAAUGGCUAAACAGAGAGAGAUACUGAUCCCUUGCUCUGCUCACACCACUGUCUGAGCGACUGAACUGAGAUGAGAGAACGGAUCACGACUGUGCAUGUGCCUGUUCAUAUUUCUUUGAUGUCUAAAGUUGAAACAUUGUCAAAAUACAAAUGGUUUCGGGGCUAGCUCUUAUUUUGUUGGUUGUUUGGACAUUGAAUCAGCCGUGGUCAUUUAAAUCAAACACAUUUAGGUAGUUAAAGCUGCCUACACGCUGUUUAUGUUGCCGUGUAUGUUGGCGUAUCGGGUCGACGCAUUUUCAGGAAGUGAAAAGUUACCUGCAUUAUGUGGGACAUUAAGUCUCGUCACAUGCUUCACUUCUGAUGAGCUCCAGUUUUGUAUAGUGAGUUUGUAUUGUGAUAAAGAUGCGGAAUUCAGUUUAAACCUGUCAGUACAAAAUAUGAUACUUUUGCUGUGAGAUAAACCACUUGUCUAUACUUACAGUGCUGUGAAAAACAAUUUGCCCCUUACAGAUGUAGACAAAGUGAACCUUAGUAAUUACAAAAUGCAGUAUUUAUUCAAAGAAAGAAGCUAUCCAAACCAACCUGGCCCUAUGUAAAAAUGUUAUAAUGCAGUCUAGUAAACUCAUGAAUAAACUGUGAUUUGCCACAUGUUUUGGGGAGGCAAAUUAAAAUUCCCCGUAGCCUAAUUAACGGCAAACCCCUAGAAUCAAAAAGUCACUCCACUAGAACCUAUUUGACGUCAUGAGGUAGGCCAAAAUAUCAUCUUUGAGUUUAGAAUGGGUCUCUCAGCAUCCCAGUGAAAACCAUUAUCCACAACUUGAGAAACUGUGAAACAGCGGUGAACCUUCGCAGGAGAGGCCAGUCUACCAAAAUGACUUCAAGAUCGCACCAACGUUUCCUCUAAGAGGUCAGAAAAGAAGCUGGGACAACAUUUAAUGGGAACAUCCUGGGCUGACGAACACAUCCUGAUGAUCCCCAAAUUUGUGGGGCUUUUUUUUUUUUUUUUUAAAGAUGAGCGUCUGGUUGCAUCUGCCAUAAAAGUAACAGUACUUUAAAAAAAAAUAACAUUUUGAUGGUGGUUGUGUGAUAUUCUACUUGCCCUCAAUGAACAAACGAUAAACUCACUGAAGAAGAGUGUCCAGUGAUCAGUUUUGAGACCUCAAACUCAAGUGCACUUAGGUUGGAUAAUGAUCCAAAACACACUGGAUCACACUGGAAAUGUUAAAAUAAGUUUUAUGAGCGGUCUAGUCAAAGUCAAAGUCUAGACUUAAAUCUGCCCUCUGUGCUCAAAACCCCUCCAGUGCUGCUGCAUUAACACAAUUUUGCAAUGAAACUUGGGCAAAAAUUCCUCUAUGUCACCAUUUAAAAAGUGCAUCUUAUUUACUCAGUUAAAAAUUAGAAGAUAUUUAAAAGAGGGAAAAUACAUUUUCACAGCACUAUAAGAAUUAACUGGCCAUCUAAGGAUGAAAGCUCAAUGCUUAAUUAACGCUUGAAUCCUCAGAUUUUCAGCUAAAAUAAUUAGACAGAAGUUUGAGCUGUCAUCACUUAUAGCUGCUUCAAGCAAUCAGCAACCAGAAGUGAGUGUAUCUUCAUUAGUAUAGACAGUGCGUCUGCAUAACGCAGAGUGAGGGUCACUUGAGUAUUUGCAUAAAUUCUGUAAAAACAGCAGCGCAGCCUAGGUUAGCUGGAGAUCACAGUGGCAUGAGAUGCGUAGAACAGCAAUGUUGAGAGCUACUUUACCUUAAGCUGUGUGUUACAAAGCCAUCGAUAUGCAAACCUGAUAAACCAUGACAAAUUUACUUACCUAAAGUGAUAUUUCUUUUUCAAACACCACUGCCUUCAGCUUUGAACAACAGCAGUGAAUCAAAUGCACUUAAGAGUUUGCAUAACCGGCUGCUGAUAGUCCGUGGAUGACUAAGUUCAUGGUUCUCCUUCCUUGCAUCGCAGGUGAAGAGAGAAAAAACCAUAAGCAACUCAAACAAAAAACAUUUGCAUGCAGCUGUCUGUUUACAGGUACAAUAACAAUUGUGACGGGUCCAAGUGGCACAACAGGGAAUUGUGUAAAAUAUCUCUGUUCACCUCAUUUGUUUCACUUGAUCAGGGGUAAAGAGAAUAUAAAAGAAAAUAUAUUGUAACACUGUAAUCAGCCUCUCCUCUCACUGCUCUCUGGUGCUGCUGCACAACCUGAUCUCACUAACUUGGAUAUAUAUCAGCUCCUACAGGUACAGGGUUUCUGAGAGAAAACAAUGCAUGGAGAAAAAAAAAAAAGUAAAACAAACUUUUAGAUUAGCUGCAUUAGUCUCAAUUCCCUUUUCAAAGUGUCUCCUUUUAGUUUCACAACCUGAUGCAAUGCUAGAGAUACUGUAUAUGGAGACAUCUUAACCAUAUCUCCAAAGCUCUCGAUUUGACACACCAAUGGACAUAUCUCACUGAUUAACAUCACAAAAAUGACAAAUAAAUACUGAGAAAACAUUGGUAGGCAGCUGCUGCUAUUUUAACGAGAAGAACUUGAUUUGAUCAAGUAGAAUAUCAGUUAAAGAAAUUUUUAUAUUUCAGCCUGUUUGCAUGAACUGGUCAUGCAGGCUGUCACAUGUAAACAUUGAUGUCAUGGAUCAUUGUGCCUGAACAAUCUUUCUUAUGAAAAUCAAAAUGCAACUCAGAACAAAUUUU